CCAGAAUCAGCUGAUGAAAGUUUGCAAGAUAUAAUGAAGAAGUGUAUUGCUUGAAUCUUUUUAAAAGAAUAUAAAAAUCUAAGGAGAAAAACAGAUGUAUAAUUUCUUUCAAAAAAACGAACGAGAUAAUAUUCAUCGAAGAGAAAAAUUAGCAUUUGUAAAACUUCCUUACAUCUAUUAACAAGUAUAAAGUGCGGAUAAUAUUCACACGACUAGCAUGAGUAAAAGUAUAGAUGUUUUGUCAGAAGAAAUCGACGAGUUGCUAUUACGUAAAUUAGAAUUAAUGCAAGAAAAGGUGCAAAAAAAUGUUCAAAUGGAGACAUUGUUGAAAGAUGGUCACAUCGAGUUAGCUAAAGCGAAGUAUAUCCGUGGAAAAGAGAACAUUAGUAUUCUACAGGUUCCAAACAACGAAGAUACAGUUACAUCCUUGUUUGACUUGGAAACUAAUGUGAAUGACAAUGACGAGCCUGCAGUAUGUUUUGACAUAAGUUUAAAAAAAUCAAGCAGCGAGACAGAUGAACCAAAAGAUCCUGUAAAAUGGUUUGGUGUAUUGGUCCCGCAAAAUUUGAGGAAGAGCCAGAAACGUUUUCAGGAAUCUAUCUAUCUUGCUGUGAAGAUAGCAAAUGUACAAGCGGAACUUACUUCCGUGCUUUCCAAGCUUAAAGCAUUACAUAUUGAAAAAGACAAUUUAUGUUCUGCAAAUGAUGUUAAAACUUAGAAACAAAUAUCUUUGCAAAUUAUAAUAUAUAUAAAUAUGAUUUAUAGUUUAAUAUUUAAAGGAGGAAUGAUAUACUAUACCAAAUUAGAAAUGAAUCUAAUAUAACAAUAUAAUCGAAAAAAGAUAUAUAUUUUUCAAGCGUUCAACUUAAAUCUUACAAAGCUGCAGAAAAUUUAUUUUGGAGAUAUGCAUAUAUGCAAUUUUUAUGUAACUGUAUAUUUUUCAGUACCAGUUUCUUUUCUAUAUAAGUUUGUGAUGCAAUUGUAGAAGUCUAUUAAAGA